GUGAGCGUUGACUGCAUUACUCAUACUCGGCCUACGAAUGCAAUGCAUUAACGGAUUUGUAUGAUAUUAUAGACACAGUCUAUGAAUGAAUGCUGUAAUGCCUGUCAUCUCACACACUGACUGACUGUACAUUGAGUCCAAUUGAUCCCAAUUGACACCAACCCCGAAGACAAUGUCCAAACAGGAGCAGAUCCUAGUGCUCGACCCCAAGUCGGAGCUCCACUUCAAAGGUCCGUUCACGGAUGUGGUCACGUCUUACCUAAAGCUGACGAAUCCGUGCGAACGGCGCGUGUGUUUCAAAGUGAAGACGACGGCCCCC